AUGGCUCUGAGGAAUGUUUCUGUUCGGCACCAAGUCAUUGGUGGUUUGCUGGUAUUACUCGUUCUUCAAUUCGCAUUCUUAUUCAUCUAUAUAGUUCGAGCUAAACUUAAAAUGUUCAUUAGUAUGGACCAAUAUGAAGGUGAAAAUAACUUUAGAAGUCAUUCGCCAAGGACAGAAUCGUCAGACAAAGGACAUAUUCCUCAGGUUGACAAGAAGAACUAUUUUGAUAAAUUCCAAAAAAAUAUGGCAGACGACAUCAGAGGAUACGAAGGUGACCCAUUAGACCUUGACCCGCAUGAAUACAUUUCCGUACCUGACAAAAAUCCAAUAAACUUCCGCUGUCAGACAUGCGCACUCGUGUCGUCUGCGGGUCGCUUACUUUACCAAGAGAGCGGCAAAGAAAUAGACAACGCAACGUGCGUAAUUCGUAUGAACACUUCCCCUAUACAAGGAUACGAGCGAUACGUAGGCCAACGAACUACAAUCAGGGUGAUGUCGUUUAAAGCAAUAGACUUCCUACGUACCAUGGGAUAUCUCUUACACGGACCUGGAAGACCUAAAGUCAUGGUAGUAUGGGCACCGUCCAUUUUACUCACCGUAUCCGACGACGAUAAUAUGGGGAAAGGUCGGACGUAUGGGCAAUUGAUGAAUAUUGUUAAAAACAACCCCGACAUUGCUGUGUAUUCUCUGACAGAACGGGAAAUGGAUUUUGUAGAGUUGUUAUUUGAAAGGGAAACUGGUAAAAGCAGGCAUGGUUCUGGAUCGUGGAUUUCUACCGGAUUUUACAGUUUAGUUCUUGCGUUCCAUCUGUGUGAUGAAAUCCAUAUGUACGGAAUGGUAUCGCCUCAACAUUGCCAAAAUCCCCAAACUGCCGACAACGAUACAAUUCCCUUCCAUUACUACGAUCCUAACGGACUCGAUGAAUGCACGAUGUAUAAAAGCCAAGAGUACAAGAUGAUGGGAGGCCAUAGAUACAUCACAGAAAAAGAGGUUUUUCAGAAAUGGAAAGAAAGACGAAAUAUUACUUUCCACUAUCCGUCCUGGUGA